AUGCAGCCGGCCUCUGCGACCGCGGACCGGCAGGUCUGCAUCGCGCGGGUGUUGCCAGCGCUGGUGGCCGCCACGGGCCCGGCCGAGGCCGCCCCGCGCCUCUCCGCGUUCACGGCCGGGCUGCUGGACCACGGGGGGCGCGCUGGGCUGGCGGACGCGCUCGGCAUGGCGGUGGCGUUCCACGGACCGCUGCUGGGGCACUGGCGCCUGGCUUCUCUGGCGGGAGACCACGACGACCUGGGGCGGCGGCUGGUGCGAGAGGGCCUGAAGGCGGGGCUGCUCAAGGAGCUGGCCGGCCUGCGGAAGCAGGCGCGCUUCCUGCUGGAGUCCUCGGCGCAGGCGGCACUCGCCGCCGACGGUGCGGAGGGGCGGCUCGCGGCGCUCGGCGUCUCCGGCGCCUCCACCGUGGCCGCUUGGCGCUGCUUCUGGGAGCUCUUCGGCUCCAUCGAGGAGUACAGCAGCCACCUGCUGAAGGCGGGCUGGGAGGCGCUGGUCGGCCGGCUCAUGCAGUUCUUCCGGUCGCUGAACCAGUCGUGUUUUUCGGACCCGGCCCAGCUGCCUCCAGCUCUUCCAGGGCCGCAGUGGUUCGAGGUGUUCUUGUCUCGGGCCCUGGACCAUGGUAACGACUCUGUGCAGAAGUUCGUGCUCGGACAGCUGAUUGCACUGGACCAAGGGUCGGCCAGGCUUUCUGAGAGCUUCAUCCUGGAGGAGAUGCUGCCGCAGUUCAGCCACAGCAUCGACGUGCUCUACCCGCACACAGACGUGCACCAGGCCUUCGAGAAGCAGACGGCGGCGUUCUUCUCCGGCUUCGUCGCGCACCACCCGCAGGGCCGGGCGGAGGCGGCCGCGCGCCUGCUGCGCGCCGUGCUCCGCGUGCGGGCGGUGCACUACACGCCGCUUCGCCUGGUGCUGUCCGUCUUGUCGCAGGCGGACGCGCCCGGGGCGCUGGAGGCCGUCGAGGCGCUCGCCAUCAUGCGGGCCUGCUUCGAGACCACCCUGGCGAGAAUGCCGGUCAGCGUGAGGCCGGUCUUGGCCCCGCUGCUCGUGAACGCGCUGACCAAGCUCUGCAGCGACGGCGGGGCGGAGACGGCGCAGGUGGCCGAGGCGCGGAUGCCAGAGCUGCUGGCGGAGGCGGUGGCGGUGGUGCCGGACUCGCUGCUCCCCUCGGUGCAGGCGCCCCUGGCGGCCCUGUCGCUGCGCAGCCUUGGGGUGUGCGCGGCGGCGGCGACCACGGAGUUCCUCGGGGCCCUGGCGGCGCCCGGCGGCGCGGCCGCCGGCGCGCUGGCGGAGGUGUCGCCCAUGCGCGCUGGCCAGCUGGCGCUCGGAGGGGUGCGGGUCCUGUGGGCCCUGUCGUCCCUGGAGUGCGCCGACGCGCGGCCCUUUCAGGCUCACGAGUUCUCCAUCGCUUCCAACCUCAAUCACGCCGUGGAGGGCAGUGGCGCUUGGAACGGUAGCAAGGAGCCCAGCCCCCAGAAGGCAUAUCAGAAUGCGUUGGGCAGCCAUCUCUUCCAGGAUGAGCUCGAGGUCACAAUCCGGAAGCGAUUGGCCGCCUGUUAUGGGUCGUCCUUCACAUUCUUGCAGACCUUCGUCGCCUUUGGCGCGCGGCCCGGGAUAUCCUCCGACCACUUCCACUCUCACGAGUCUGGCCAGUUCUGA